AUGCCAACCGAACAAGACAUGUUGAAGAAUCCCACUACUGGAGGCAGUGUGCACUUUGUCAAUCCCGUGAAGGUCUGCGUCUAUGAGGAGCAAAAUCAGCAUCUUAGCCAAAAUCUUCUAGAGCUGCUUGAGCAGAUUUGUUGCGAUGAAAAUUUGUCUGUGAUCGAGAAACGGAAGCGAUUGAAGAAGUUCAAGAAAACUUAUCCUGCUAUCUACUCGCAAAGAUUUCCGUCGCCAGAUUUAACGCACUCGAGAAAAAAAGACAGGGAGGGCAGCCUGUUCUCGAGACUUUUUGGUCGUUGA